AGGCUGUCCCAAGGAGAUCUUCAUCAUCCCGCGGUUCGUCAGGGGGAGCGAACUACGCCGACUAGAAGCAUUCGAUGAGCCUCCAAGAAAAACUGGGACCGUGGCUGAGGAAUCCUCCACCGAUGAGUGUACUUGUCCAUUCCUAUCUGAUGCGUUUGACGAGGCCUCCAAGUCUCCAUGA